AUGGCGGCCCGUAUGAGCUGGCCCCUUCAGAGGGUUGACAACAACACAUUCGUUCAGAUGGAUUCAUACCCGGAGGAUAAGAAGGAACCCGAUGUCGAGGUGAUGUCGAUUCAAAGUGGUGGCGACUCAACGCAGGUCGUGGGUAGCGCGGACAUGUUCGAUGAGAAUGGGAACUUGAGGUUGAUUCCGAUGCCCUCAUCAGAUCCCAAAGAUCCCUUGAAUCUGCCUAACUGGAGAAAAUGGACUGCCAUUGGAACCCUAUGCUUCUUCGGAUCCCUGGCCCUCUCUGCCGAGGUCAUCAUCGGUUCAUUGAUCCCCAUAUUUCUCCUCGAAUACGCCGGCCUCGACCCCACGACGAUCCGGAACAUCGACUUUGUUGCCGCGUCCGGAGGCAAGGGCACGCAGCUCAACCCCCUGGCCGUCAUCCCUCAGGGCGUGAAGCCGCCCAGCCUGGAGGAAGUAUCUAUGCUGGCCACCAUUCCGCUGCUCACUAACGGUAUCGCGAGCUACCUUUUGGUCCCCCUCUCGAUUGCUGUCGGUCGCCGUCCUGUCCUUCUUUUGACGGCUGUGCUCGCCUGGGCUGGUGGGCUGUGGGCAGGACUUUCGACGUCGCUGGAGUCCCACCUCGCCGCGAGGGCGGUUAUGGGAUUGGGUGCUGGUGCGGUCGAGGCGUUGAUUCCGCUCAUUGUGCAGGAUAUCGUCUUCAUCCAUCAGCGGAGUAAGGCGCAGUCUGCAAUUGUGGCCAGUCAGGGCUUCAUUAUUGUCGGACUCGGCAUCGCUGCACCAUACAUCUCUGCUAAUUAUGACUGGCGAUAUUUGUACUACGCUACUUCCGGCGCUGGUAUCGUCGCCUGGCUACUCCUGAUUGCACUUCUCCCGGAGACACGGUGGACACGGACUAAGGAGGCGCUUGGCGGCAAGUCCGAGGAGAAGUUGGGACCUGGAGAAGUCCGUCCUCAGCUCGACUACGCUAGGUUUGGCCCACGCACGCUUUGGACAAACAUUGGCAUGUUCAACUUCGGCUUCGAAUGGAAAAACGCCGGCAAGUCGAUGCUGGACACCCUGCGGACGACGUUCUUCCCGGCCGUCAUCUGGGGUGUCUUGGCGAACAGCGUCUUCCUGGUCACCAAUCAGGCAGCCCAACAGCUCGGCUCAUUCGCCCUGCUCGCGCAGGGCUGGGAGUUCCAGUGGACCGGGCUAGCGGUCAUCCCCUUCGUCCUCGCCACCGGCAUGGUCUUUGUCAUCGUCGGCCCCGUGGCUGACAAGGUUUCCACGAAGAUCGCCAAGCGGCGCAACGGCGUCCGCGAGGCCGAGUUUGGCCUCGCCAACACCAUCAUCCCGUUUAUCUCGGGCAUCGCAGGAUGCUUUGUCUUUGGCUACGCGGGCGAGUCCACGGUGCACUGGUCCGUGCUGCUCGUCGGCUCGUUCUUGAUUGUAUUCGGCUUCCUGUGCCUCAUGGUCACCAUCAACGUGUUCAUCGUCGAGUCAUACCCUCAGUGGGCCGGACCCGUGCUCGUCAACGUCAGCUCGCUCAAGAUCAUCAUCGCUUUCUUCUUCGCCAGCUUGGCGACUACCUGGGUGGCGCAAAAGGGUCUCUUAGCGACGUUCGUCAUUUAUGCUGAGACGAUGAUCGUCAUCUCGAUGUUCAUCCCGGUGCUUUGGUUCACGGGCAAGAAGCUCAGGGUGUGGACAUCUGGAAGGGUCAGAUCUAAGCCGAAUCAGAGGACGAGGAGCUUUGGUGCACAGUCAAGGUUCUCUCAGUGA